UCAUAAAUUAGGAGAGUGAAAUACUAAAAUAAUUGGUCUGGACUUAUGAUGUUGAAGCCUUUGCCUUCGAAUGUCAGAAAUUAUGUCAAUGUCAAAGUUUUUUUAGUAAACUUGAAUUUGAAUUGUUGCUGUUAUUUUGUACGUUUCAAUUUUGAAGAUUAUUAAAAGUUACUUUGUAGUUUUCUCCCUGUACCAAUUCUCUCUUUAAGAAGGAUUAUUUCCAGUUUGCUAAUUUUUAGAUGCAGAAUUUGGAUACUUAUUAAAAAUGCUAUCAAAAAUACUAGAAAAAUACUCUAAACAUGGAACCAAUACAGUGUAUUUAAGUUACUUUGAUUCCCCAUUAGGAAAAUUAAUAGCUGCUGCAGAUAAAAGCUUUUUAUACUUCGUUUUAUUUGAAGAUUCAAAAGAUUUAGAAAAAAAAUUACAAACUCUUAAUGAAGAAAUGAAAUGCACUUUUGUAGAAGACAAAAAUGAUAUCCUUAUGAAAUUAGAUACUGAACUUACUGAAUAUUUUAAAGGGAACAUCAAGGAGUUUACUAUUCCUUUAAAAACUAAUGGGACUGAUUUUCAAAAGGAUGUGUGGAAGAAAUUACUGGAGGUACCUUACGGAUCAACAAAUACUUAUGGUGAUCUAGCUAAGUUACUCGGCAGACCUGCAAGCCAUGCUAGAGCUGUCGGUUCAGCCUGUGGGGCUAAUAGUCACAUUCUGUUGAUACCAUGCCACAGAUUAGUCUCUACUGCCUCUAAAGGUGGCUUUAGCUGUGGCAUUGAUAGAAAAGAGUGGCUUCUAAAACAUGAAAAGAAAUUUGCAUAAAGUUGUGGAUAAAGAAUUUGGACUUAUGUGUCUACCUCAUCAAUAUAAGUGUUAAUUGUUAUUUAUAAGUGCCAUAUGACAAUAAAAAAACAAAGAUGUAUUUUUUAAACCUUUGAAAUGAACCUACAUGUACAUAUUUUAU